AUGGAGAUAUGUUCUUUCUUCUUCAACCAGCAUUUUCUUCUCUCUCUACUCCUCCUUAACUGUUGUUUCCUUUCUUCGUCGAGCUCCGAUUUGGAAGCUCUUCUAACCUUCAAAUCCGCCGCCGAUUCCACCGGUAAACUCAACUCAUGGAACUCAACCACCGACCCGUGCAAAUGGACCGGAGUUUCCUGCGCCGGAGACCGAGUCACUCGACUCGUACUCGAGAACCUCGACCUCACCGGGUCAAUCGAGCCACUCGCUUCACUCACCGAGCUCCGAGUUCUCAGCCUCAAACGAAACCGCCUCUCCGGUCCAAUCCCCGACCUCUCAAACCUCACCGCACUGAAGCUUCUCUUCUUAUCGGAAAACCAAUUCUCCGGCGAGUUUCCGGCGACCGUCACUUCACUCUCUCGUCUCUACCGCCUCGAUCUCUCCUCCAACAACUUCUCCGGCGAAAUUCCACCGUCGCUAAACCAUUUAACCCACCUCCUCACUCUCCGGUUAGAAUCAAACCGGUUCACGGGUCAAAUACCGGAUAUCGAUUUCUCCGAUCUCCAAGACUUCAAUGUCUCCGGUAACAAACUAACCGGUCAGAUUCCAAUUCCCUUCUCCAAAUUCCCAAAUUCCGUUUUCGGACUUAACCCGUCUCUCUGCGGAGCCCCAUUACAACAAUGCCCAACCAAACCGGGUCAACCCGAUGGAGCAAAAGCUUCUCCUCUAACCAAACCGGAAACCGUACCGUCGUCUCCAACCUCAAUCCAAUCCAAAACCAAAAACGACGACAACAAAACGAGAAUCAGCACCGUCGCGCUCGUAGCUAUCAUCCUCGGAGACGUACUCAUCCUAAGCUUCGUCUCUCUCCUUCUCUACUGCUGUUUCUGGAGACAAUACGCCACAAACAAGAAGAAAGACUCGAAAGUUCUCGAAGGAGAGAAGAUCGUCUACUCAUCAAACCCAUACCCAACGACGGCGAACAACAACCAUAACCAACAAGGCGGUGAGAGGGGUAGAAUGGUCUUUUUCGAAGGAACGAGGCGGUUCGAGCUUGAAGAUCUUCUCCGAGCAUCGGCUGAGAUGUUGGGGAAAGGAGGGUUCGGGACGGCGUACAAGGCGGUGCUUGACGACGGCAAUGAGGUCGCCGUGAAGAGGUUGAAAGACGCUGUGACGGUGGCCGGAAAGAAAGAGUUUGAGCAGCAGAUGGAGGUUUUGGGGAGGCUUCGUCACGUUAAUCUCGUGAGCUUGAAAGCUUACUACUUUGCUAGAGAGGAGAAGCUUCUUGUCUAUGAUUACAUGCCUAAUGGUAGUCUCUUCUGGCUUCUCCAUGGAAACCGUGGACCGGGUCGGGCCCCAUUGGACUGGACCACGCGCCUGAAGAUCGCAGCAGGGGCGGCGCGUGGAGUAGCUUUCAUCCACAGCUCGUGUAAAACCCUUAAGCUCACUCACGGAGACAUCAAAUCCACAAACGUCCUCCUCGACAGCUCCGGCAACGCUCGCGUUUCCGAUUUCGGCCUCUCUAUCUUCGCGCCAUUGCAAACCACCGCUAAAUCGAACGGUUACCGUGCGCCGGAGUUGAUCGACGGCCGAAAACCCACGCAAAAAACCGACGUUUACUCGUUUGGAGUGCUUCUUUUGGAGAUUCUCACCGGGAAAUGCCCGAAUUUACUGGAGACGGGUCACGGAGCCGGUGCGGGUGGGGCGGUGGAUUUACCGAGAUGGGUCCAGUCGGUGGUGAGAGAGGAGUGGACGGCGGAGGUGUUCGAUUUGGAGCUGAUGAGGUAUAAGGAUAUAGAGGAGGAGAUGGUGGGGCUGCUUCAGAUUGCAAUGGCGUGCACGACGGCGGCGGAUCACCGGCCGAAGAUGAGUCACGUGGUGAAGAUGAUCGAGGAGAUACGUGGUGGUGGUGAGGCGUCGCCGUGCAACGACGGGAUUAAUUCUGCGGCGGAGUCUUCGCCGUGUUUGUCUGAGGACACGUGUGGUGGUGGGACUACUAGUCAGUAG